AUGAAUUUGCAGAUGGAGCCCGUUGCUCCCGCAGCGGUGAAGGAAUAUGACGUGAUCAUCGAGCAAAUAUACAAGAAUGCGAUGCUUGUCGACGCUCACAUACUGCGCUUUGUCUGCGUGUACUCUGACCGCCUUGUGAAGAAAGCCCUUGCUGCUGUUGAGUUCGCAAAGCAUUUGAAGGCGCUGAAGACCAAGGGAGAGGUAUAUGGCCACAAAGAUCUGCAGAUGAUGGACAACCUUGCGGGCAACCUGAGGCAUUUCGCAGCUGCGUCAUACAAGCACUGUCUUGAGAUAGGGAUGCUGUGCAACUGGCCAACACGUUUCAUUGACCGCAAAGGCGUUCUGUACACAACUCGCAUACAUCAUGUAUACGGACGUUCUUCGCGCCACUUGGAUAAUGAGUUUGUACCACAUAUCCUCACCAACAUGGCAUCUGCGUUUAAGGCCAACCCACUGCGUGCUGCACCCAAAGCACAUACGUUUGCAGACGAGCCAAGGCGUGAUGUUAGCCACUUACUCCGACAGGCGGUCGAUGUUGAGAAGAGGCGCUACGCUUUCAACCGAGAUGCCGCACAAUUCAAGCCUCACGUUCCCAAUAUAGACGGGAGGGCGCCCAAAGCGGAGGAUCUGCAGAAGGCGAGGGAGUACAUCGAGCUGCUCAUGGAGACGUGGAUAAGACCUACCAUUGCGAUGUUGAGCACGGUACACGUCCCAUCAGAAAUAAUGCAGGAGUAUAACAGGUACUUCAAGGAACUGCGUGAUUAUACAAACAUGACAGAGGCCAACCUGCCACAUCUCACCUGCGCCCUUCCUCAUAAUGAGAUUCAACUGAUGCUCGUUCACUGUACCACUGAUAUCGUAAUCACUAAGCACUUGCCAUCUCGGAUCAGCGAUUGCUCUGUCAAACAUCAGAGGGAGCGUCACGUCAAUGGAAAUCCUAGCCCUUUUGGGGUUGAACUCAUGGAGAACAGAGUGACUACCACAUUGAAGAAAGCGGCGGGCCUGUUUUGA